CCGGCCGCACGUGGCUGGCAGCAGCUGCCGCGGGCUGGGCCGGUUGGAGCCGCACGAAGCGCUUCGUCCAUUUCCGCCCCGGAGCCCGCAGCCCGCGAGCCCGAGACGAGCCGCCCCGGCGGGCCGGGCAAAGCAGCCGAGCUCGCCCCGGAGCAGCCAUGAGCCGCAGGGUGGUGCGCCAGAGUAAGUUCCGGCACGUCUUCGGGCAGCCGGUGAAGGCCGACCAGAUGUACGAGGACAUCCGGGUGUCCAAGGUGACGUGGGACAGCUCCUUCUGCGCCGUCAACCCCAAGUUCGUGGCCAUCAUCGUGGAGUCCGGCGGCGGAGGGGCCUUCAUGGUGCUGCCCUUGGCCAAGACGGGGCGCGUGGAUAAGAACCAUCCCUUGGUGACUGGGCACACGGCGCCCGUGCUGGACAUCGACUGGUGCCCUCACAACGACAACGUCAUUGCCAGCGCCUCCGAGGACACCACGGUCAUGGUCUGGCAGAUCCCCGACUACGUGCCCACGCGGAACAUCACGGAGCCCAUCGUCACCCUGGAGGGGCACUCCAAGAGAGUGGGCAUCAUCACAUGGCACCCCACGGCUCGGAACGUGCUGCUCAGCGCAGGCGGAGACAACCUGCUGAUCCUGUGGAACGUGGGCACGGGCGAAAUGCUGCUGACCCUGGACGACAUGCACAGCGACCUCAUCUACAACGUGUGCUGGAACCGCACCGGCAGCCUGCUCGUCACCACCUGCAAGGACAAGCAUGUGCGCGUCAUCGACCCCCGCAAGCAGCAGGUGGUGGCGGAGAAAGUCAAGCCGCAUGAAGGCGCCCGCCCCAUCAGAGCCAUCUUCAUGGCUGAUGGCAAGAUCUUCACCACGGGCUUCAGCAAGAUGAGUGAGCGGCAGCUGGCGCUCUGGGACCUGGAGAACUUUGAGGAGCCGAUUGCGCUGCAGGAGAUGGACACCAGCAAUGGGGUGCUGCUCCCCUUCUACGACCCCGACUCCAGCAUCGUCUACCUGUGCGGCAAGGGCGACAGCAGCAUCCGCUACUUCGAGAUCACGGCCGAGGCGCCCUACGUGCACUACCUGAGCACCUACAGCAGCAAGGAGCCGCAGCGCGGCAUGGGCUUCAUGCCAAAGCGGGGCCUGGACGUCAGCAAGUGCGAGAUUGCCAGGUUCUUCAAGCUGCAUGAGCGGAAGUGCGAGCCCAUUGUCAUGACAGUGCCGCGGAAGUCAGACCUGUUCCAGGACGACCUGUACCCCGACACGCCCGGCCCCGAGCCGGCUCUCGAGGCGGCCGAGUGGCUGGCAGGGCAGGACACGGAGCCCGUCCUCGUCUCGCUGCGGGACGGCUACGUGCCCGUCAAGAACCGCGAGCUCAAGGUCACCAGGAAGAACAUCCUGGACAACAAACCUCCCGUGGGGCCGCGCCGCAGCCACUCCACAUGUGAUGCCAAUUUCUCGCGGCCCAGCCUGGAGGAUCUGCUGGAGGAGAUCCGAUCCCUGCGACAGACCGUCCAAGCGCAGGAGAAGCGCAUCUCUGACCUGGAGAACAAACUCUGCAAAUUCACCAACGGCACGGCCUAGCGGCCCCC